AUGGUUCACACAUUCAUUGCUACUAUCUUCCAUGACCUUAGCGAGUAUUGGGAUAUGACUGAUGGAUCAGAGCACAGAGUUGUGGGCAAGAAAAAAGAUGAUUACGCCCCAACUAUAACAGAGCAUCCACGAUCCGAGAUUGCUGUACGGGAUAACCCAGCUUCUUUUCGAUGUAGAGCUGACGCACAACCUGCAGCAACAAUACGGUGGUACAAGGAUGGGGAGCAAUUUGACGGCACAGGUCAAGACGGUGAUCUUUUCUUCUUGAAAGUAACGAAUAACCACGACUCUGGGGUAUAUUACUGCGAGGCAACCAACUAUCUUGGCUCAGCAAGAAGCAACAAUGCCACAUUAGAUGUAGCAUACAUAAAGAGUGAAUUUAAAAAGCACCCUCAAGCCGUAGAAGCUAUAGCUGGUGGAACAUAUGUUUUAGAAUGUACACCACCAAGGGCAUUUCCAGCACCCGAUAUAACAUGGGAAAAAGAUAAAGACCCCCUCGUUAGUGAUGGAGACCGUGUUCAGAUUGUGCAAGAUGGGAACCUAAUGAUAAAACAGGUUCGUGAAGAGGAUGAGGGAAGCUAUGUGUGCAUAGCUGAGAACAUGGCGAACAAAAGAAAGAGUGAUGCUGGUGUUUUAACUGUAGUCAGUGUUCCAGGUGGUGGCCCAACCCUCAGUUGCUCACCAGUUGACAAAAUGGUGCAUAUCGGGAAAACCGUCUCGUUUUGCUGCCAGGUCGACCUCAUUCCUGGCGCAACACAACCCACAAUCUAUUGGCAUAAAGGAACUCAAUUGAGACUCUACCCUGGCGAACGUGAUGGUAAAAUAAGUGUAUUGAAUGAUGGUAACCUGCAGAUAGCAGCAGUGAGUAAGGAAGAUGAAGGCUACUACUUCUGCACAGUGGCUGCUGAGCAAACUAUCUCGGCACAGGCUUAUUUACGAGUAGUUGAGUCUGUUGAACUGCCUCCAAUCAUCCGACGCUGUCCAUAUAAUCAAACACUACGGGAGGGUACAAACAACGUGUGGCUCCAAUGUGAUGUUGAGGGCUCACCUCAGCCACAGAUCGAAUGGUUGAAAAACGAAAGGCCAAUGUCAACAAACAUAAGGAUUCACACAUUAGCGUCAGGGUCGUUGCAAAUUUCCGAGUUACAGUUGAGUGAUGCAGGACUCUAUACCUGUGUUGCCACCGUUGAAAAUUUUGAAACGCGGUGCUCAGCAGAGCUUACCGUUACCAAUCUAGAUGGAAUUCAGCGGCCCAAUCCAAAAGACAGCGAAUUCCCUGGCGCUCCAAGUAUGCCGACCGCCCGCAAUACGUCAAAUGGUCAUGUGAUUGUGUCCUGGGGACCGCCAACAUCAACAUCAAGUUCUUCAAAUCUUCUGUAUAGAAUAGAAGGCUAUGAUAAUGAGGUUGAUGCAACUUGGCAGAUCCUAGCCAAUAAUAUAGUUGGAACUUCCUACGAGUUACAGAACCUUCGUUCCGACACCACUUACGUGUUCUACAUCCGCGCCAUCAACAGCGUUGGAGCUGGUCCGCCAAGCUCAGUUUCGCAUGCAUUUACAACUGGAGAUACAAUGAUAGUCCCUGGUUCCGGCCCAUCUAAUCAACGUGUUGAUAUUACUAAUGUAUUAGUUCUUAGUCCAACGGCCUUCAAAGUCAUCUGGAAUAGCAACUGUCCAAGCUGUAAGUACAAUGUCAAGUACCGAAAAACCAAUGGCGAAGGAAUAAUAUUACAGGAGAGUGCAGAAAAAAAAGAAAAGAUUAUAACGGGACUUAGCCCAGGAACGUCAUACACAAUUAGUGUACAACCAGUAGACAAUUCCAUUCACGGAUCAGACAGUGUUGACAUUAUCAAGCAGACAUUAGAACAAGGCGACAGUCUUCAAUCAGCAGUAGCAGAAAGUGUUCUUCAAGAUAAGCUUGAUAAUUGCAACAUUCAGAUAAAAAGUUUGACAGCCGAAAGCAACACAAGUGCCCGAGUUCAGUGGAAGAUCAGCAAGAACAUCCACUACGUUGAUGGCGUUCACAUUCGUUAUGCAGCCAAUAGUGAAUACAUGAUACAAACAGCGACCAGAUCACAAGAAAACACCACGCUUACAAACCUGAAACCAUAUACGGAAUAUACGGUCACUGUCAUCCCAUUCUUAGACAACUUCCUGGGAGCACCUAGUAACGAAGAAAAGGUCAAAACUAAAGCUGGAGUCCCAGAAAUUGCUCCACAAGAUGUGUACGCCCUCCGGAAGAACACGACGACAGUUAUGGUGGGCUGGCAGCUGAUCCAAUCCUGGCAUGUUCCGGGUCAGAUAAGGGAAUACCAUGUGAUGUGUAUAGCAGAAAAUCCAAAAUACAAUAAGAAUGUAACAGUGAGUGGUUCAACAGAUUCUAUCCUGGUCACAGGAUUAGAACCAGGUGUGGAAUAUCGAGUGAAGGUAAUGGCAUCAACAGAGACUGGUGUGGGACCAGUCAGUGACCCUGUCAAUAUUGUUGAGAGCGUAUCGCCACCAAAUGGUGAACCUGGCAACUCUUCUUCACUCAUCCUUGGUGUCAUCAUCGGUGUGUUCUUUGUUUUUUUCUCCUGUUUCGUAUUUUUUGUGUGGAAGUGGAGACAGGCAAAAAAGAACAGCGACAUUGAAUAUAAAGCUGUCGGAAGCCGUUAUGUGUUAGGUCCUGUUAGUCAAGAUAAUUCUGAUGUUGCAAGACAUGUACAUACUACUGGGCACCAACAGCCAGCCAAUUGGCACCAGCCGCAGGAGGAUUUUUACAGUCACACACACGGGUCGGAUAGUUUGCAUAGCAGUAUGGAGCAGUAUGCUGAAACUGGAAUGGUUGUGACACUGCCUAACAGUAACAUGUUCUCCAACAUAGAUCCAACCGCUAUCAAAACAUAUAGUCGAAAUGCACCAGAGUAUGCAGUUGUUGAGAACGCUGGCAGUCCGCCAGUUACACCACACACCAUGCAAACAUUACCGUACCCACCGCGUAACUUUCCUAUAGAGUUCAAUCGCACCACCAGCUUGCCACCGCACAUGACGCAGCCGUAUGCAUCAACCACGCUCGUUCUACCACCGACUAUGCGGGAAUUUCAAGAGCGCCAACAAAGUCGUGGCAACAGUAGCAAUUCAGAGCACUCCGGCUCUAGCCGAAGUGCUUUCAAGAAGAACUGGAAUGGAGAGUUGGAUAACGGUGGAUUUAGCAGCAGCGGGGGUUCUGUUCCUCCCCCAUUACCACCCGAUAGACUUGGCACCUUAGGCUCCUGCAUGUCAGAGUGCACCUGUACCACUACCGGUAUACUUACAGAUUCUGGUGGUAGUUCUGUUGAUGAGAGGGGAAACCGUAGGAGGCGAACCUACCCACGUGGACAUAAGCUUCCUGCCCCUAAUAUAACAGAGUUACUACCACCACCUCCAGAACACCCACCCCCAUCUGAUAUUGAAUCGGCCUUCGGUUCCCACCAUACACUACCCUCCAGCCAUCAUCAUGGUGCCACCAUACCCAUGUCUUCCAAUCCCGUAACUCAACCGCACAUCACAACCAACCCACUCUCACAGAUGGACAUGCCGUACAAGAAUUAUGGGCCAAUGCCCAUGAUACAUCAGAUAUCUUACCCAGAAUCAAACAGCGAUAACAAUGCUAGUCCUGUAACCCGGAUGCACAACAGCUGUAGCGACAACACAUCAGAUUGUAACAUGUCCAUGAACCAACAACAACAGCAACGAGAUUCACUAACGUCACCAACCGCCCAGAACAUCUGCAACCUGCAUGCACGACAGAGUCCGCACAGUAACUUGAUCCCGAACCAUCAGGUGUUUGAAGACCCAAGGCAUGCGGAGCUUGGCAAAGAACUACUGCAGUUCAAUGAUGAUGUAUCACAGAGUGAGGCAAUGUCAGAUAAUGAAGACCUGAGACCAGUUAUACCAGCAACUUGCAGACUGAAGCAAACUGCUGCAGGCCCAGGUUUAUCAUUAGGACUGACUAAUGGAAUUGGCUAUAGCAGGGGAACAGCCCAGUCCUACCCCUAUCUUUCAGAGAUGUCUGAGGUGUCUGAGUCGGAGAUGUCAGCAAAAGACGAUGAAACGGACUUGGAAAGUAAUUGUACGGAUUCAAUGAUGGCUUCUUGGGCCUCGAUCAAUGUCAGUGGGAGUGAGAGCAGUGCUCGGAAUAGCCGGUUAUCAAGUUCUGAUGGCUCUUUUUUUACAGAAACCGACUUUGCCAGUGCCCUCACUCAAGCUGCGGAAAAUGUAGGAAUACCAGUUGUCAACUCCAAUGGAGUUCAGCAUAAAAAUGAUAAAAAUAAAUCUGCCCUGAAGAAUUUCCGUCAACGAUUUCCAAGCGAUACAGAUAGCUGCGCUAGUGGAGCUGAAGUGAAAAAGAAACGGCCAACUGCUUCAAAAAAGAAAAACAGUCAGGACCCUAACCAGAACGUGCAAUCAAAUCUUAAGAAUGGAGGUCCGAAAUAUGAUCAAAUUGAGGCACAAUCAGAUGCAUCAACACUGCUUAAUGACACUGAAAUGCCACCCUAUAAUAAGCCUCAGUUUCCCUCCACAUCUCCUAGCAAUACAUUUUCCAGCAGGAGAAGUCGAAGGUCAGAUGGUGAUCUUGAACAGCCAAAUGAACUAACCAACAUGGUAGAAAUGUACCGAGAUAUGAAUGACUUGGGUAUGACCGUUACAAACAACCCAUUAGCUUUAAGUGCAAAUACUAGCGUUUGAGAAGCAUUCCGAAGCGAUAAAGCUUUAAUUGCGACAAAUGCACUUCCUCUGACAGAAGAACUUGCAGAUCCAAUCGGAAUUAUAAGCAGUUAAAUAGAAGAUGACUUAAUCCUUUUCGUUAUGGAACGACAACAAUGUUUGCGCAGUUUGUUGAGGAGGUAUUAUUGUACCUCCAUGUUCAUACCGUGGAUGGCUAUUCUAUGCCAGUACUUUGUCAAAAUGCGAUAUUUAAAUUAUAUGGCUAAAAGCCAAAUUAGAGAGUGGUAAUCACUACUAUUAUUACAAAAAAAAAAUAUCAAAAAUCUUGAUUUAUAGUAUGUUGUAAGUUUAUUGAAAAUUAUUUGUUUGUUUUUAUAAUUGCCUAACAUUGAUGUUUAACAUCUUGCCAAUCACUUACCCUAUCACUCUUAAGUACAAAACAGAGUGUUUUUAGCAGACUUAUUCACUAGAUGCCUACUUGUCUAAAAAAAUUAGAUCUUUUUCUGAUCUUUUUGUGAAAGUUUGAGAUAAAAGUUACAAGCUACACAAUAUUUUUUGCCAAAAUGAUAACAAGAUAAGAGGUAAACUUAUUCUAUAAAUAUUAAACAUAUACUGGCACUUAAAGACCUUGUUUAUUUGCGCCUUAUAAAUCUACCUAUUAUCAUUAUUGAUAUUAUAAUGAAAUAAUUGAUGUAGUCCAAAAAAAAAAUUAGAAAAUGCUAAAUAAGUUUGUCUACUCAUUUAUAGAAAUGCUAAUUGAUUAAUCAUUUUGCCCAUUCUUUUCAAGAUAUUUUCUUGAAUAAAUAUAGUUGAAGUGUUUGUAACAUAAAUAUAGAACAAUUGGAUUGCUAAAGACAAAAAAAGUGUACAUCGUCACCCUUUGUAACGGAAAUUAAAAGUAAGAUCAUUGUUACACAUGUGUAUUUGAUAGUGUAACACAUAUCCUAUUGCAUGUGGUUAUGACUCUUGGAAUUCUACAGGUGGCCACAAACAUGUCUAGCUGACAUAUUUUGGUAAGCUAUCUCAGGUGGUUAAUUUGAAUCUGAUUGGUCGAAAACAAGUGGCCAUGGGCUGCUGAUAUUAUUCCAACUGGGAUAACUUUCACCAUUUGCUCACGAUAUUGGAUAAAACUGUAGGUACUUCACACUUUUGACUUUUAAAAGUUAUGUAAUGAUGAAUCGUUAGUUGCGUUUUGUAGUUCUGAUAUUCAUCAAGCUUUGAAUCAGAUGUAAGUAAACCACUAAAUUGAAAUUUUUACUUUGUGAACUUGCAACAUAAAAUAUUGUAUAAGAAUGUGACUCUAAUGCUUCAACUGUGGUGAUUAUAUACAUUGAUACUUAAUGGAAUACUAGUUUAUACAUUAGGGUUAUGAACUUCCUAUGGUCUGAAGCUGUCCAUUAUUUUUGAAAAGUAAGGUUGGAUUCUAACAUGUCGUUUAGACACAUUGUGUAUUGUACAUACUUUACGCAUACAUUUUAAAUAUUUAACGAAAAUUGUUUAUAUUUCAUUUCUAAGAUGAGAAAGCAGUGUAAAUUAUUUAAAGAACAAAACAAGCAGCUUUGCUCAUUUGCAUAAUUUGUCCAAUUCUUUUAUUCAUAACACACCCAGCCACAAACCCACACACACUCACAUCACAUCAAUUAAGUCAGCUGUAAAUUACGCCCUCGGUUGUCUGCACAGUGAAAUCGUAGUUACGCAUUGUAUUAAAUUCCCAAUAAUAUUUGACAUAUAUAAUGGCUACUAAUUCUGGACAAAACUAAAGAAAUGUUUUUCAAAUUCUUAAUUUUAAUUUUGCAUUUUAUUUUGAUAGAAAAAAAAAUUAUUAAUUUAAUUUUUGUUUUAUAUGAUGGACAUGUUUAUAGAAUUAAAGCUGUAUUUUUGUAAAAAGGUUCAAAUAAUUAGUUGUUGGACUGGUCCUGUUAUUUGCAAUAUUUUUUAUCAAGUCACUACACACCUUUCAAUGUUAUCUUGAUUUAUUUGAAAAUUCUUCACAAAAUAUGGAAAAAGGUUGUGUUUGUGUUCUCUAUAAGAUUAACUUGGAUAAGAAUGUAUGUAUUACUUAUAGCUUUAUUUUCCAUAACAUAGUACUCUUAAUUUAUUUUAGUUUACAGACUUUUUUGUUGUCUUUUAAGUUUUAAUUAAUCUUGAAAUUAUUCAGUAAAGUAGUAAUGAACAUUUGAUAGCCCACCGAUACAGGGAGAUCUAUAUUAAUUUGCCUUAUUGAUUUUAUAUUGGUAUCUAUAGAUAGAUUUUCUAUGGUAUAAAUAUUUGCACAUAUUCAAAACUUGGUUUGCUGUAGUUUUGGAAAUACUUUGCCUUGUUUAUAUUAUCAAGAAAUUAAUUACACAAAUAUUGAAGUGAAACAUUUUUUGAAUAA